AUGCAUCGUCAACCAAAACGACAGCAACAACAGCGACAACCAUCUGGUAAUCAUCAACAACAGCAAUCAUUUGGUUUCCAUCAGCAACAGCAACCAUAUGGUUUUGUUCAACAACCAUUUGGUUAUGUUCCCAGUAGUACGCCAAUGAAUUGGCAAUAUGGUGAUAAUUGGUCAGGAGGUUACUUGAAUGGACAGCAACAGAUGUCAUUUGUACCACUGCCACCACCACCACCAUUCUACUAUCCAGUUAAUAUAUCGGAAUUGACUGCGGGUCCUUCUAAUUCGAUUAGAACGAACCAAGUACAAUUCCAAGGUCCUUCAAGAAACCCUCGUACACAGAAUCGACGUGGUAUCUUGAAGAAACCAGGGCAACAAAACAAAAGGAAAGCACCAACACAGCGCAAGCUCGUGCAUUUCAUGCCCAACAGUUUACAAAAAACUGCUCGAAAUACUAAUAGUAAUACUACUACUACUACUACUACUACCACCAAUAAUAAUAAUAAUAAUAAUAAUAAUAAUAAUAAUAAUAAAGCCACUCCUGUGAGUCGUGGGCAAUCAGCUACAUUGCCAGCUCAGAGUGAUGGAGGUAAAAAACAAUUAAGUAAGAGGAAAUCACCUGAAAAGGCACAUCUUGACACACUACGUCGUAGAGAAAGGCGUCAAACGAAUCGUGCAGCUUUUCUAGCACAAAAUGAUGGACUUGGUUGUUUGCAAGAUAACCGUUUUGCUUCUCUAUCUGAUACAGAUGUUAGUGAUGAUAAAACGGAUGAUGAAAGUUCAGAGGUUGAAGAUCUUACCAGACAAAAUAAGACUAAAACCAUGAAUACGGAUCAAAACAAUAAUAAUAAAAAGAAACAGAAUACAUCAACACAAAAAACCGAAGUUAUUAGUAAAACAACAACAGAUGUUUAUAAUAAUACAGGCCGUGCUGAUAGUAGAAAGAACACGCGGGGGAAAAGCCAACGGAUAGUUCAAGUAUCUGAUUCAGAUACAGACCAUGAUUAUCUCACCUUGAAUGAAGAUGAGCACGUACAAGGUAGAAAUAUCAAAGAUAAAGGUAAAAAUAAAGUUAAAACUUAUUUGCAAAGUUUUAAAGUUAUUAAAUACCUGAAAGAUCAAAUUAAAGCUAAACGUGCAUUAGCGCUUGAAUUUAAAGAUGCUUUCAAUGAGGUAUCUGCCUAUACAAAGAUUACCCUAGAAGCAUGCGAUAAAUGGGUACGAAACAAUUACGAGCUCCAGGUCUGGGAACACCUAUAUGAUUUAGGUAUUAACAAAGACCAUUGGGCAAAAGAAAUUGUAAAUUGUACACAUACACGGGAGGAGACGAAGAAUACUUCUUUUUGUGAAAAGAAAAUUGCUCAUUUCACAUCAGAAUGUUUUGAUGCUAACCUUAUAAUUGCACAAAACAUGAAAGACUUAUCGUCUAACAAGAAAGUCAAAUCCGCUCCCACUGUCGCAUCUAAGACAACUGAUCUACUACUUGACUACGUUAAAGAAGCAACUAAAAACUUGCAUAAGACGAAUUUAAAUCGAAUGCGUCGCGCUUCCAUCGAAAAAGACGAGUGGGACGCCCUUCAAACAUUUGAGCAUGCUGCAUCUGAACAACAAAAGGUCUAUGCUAAAACAUAUUGGAAGCCAGCACUAAAAGCAUAUCAAAAAAAGAAAAAUAAUUUUGAUUUAGUAGCGGCACACAUACAAUAUGAUAUCAUACCGAAAAUCAUGCCACAGUAUGACUUUCAAUUAUCGUUGGAUUUAAAUUCACUUACACUUGAACAAAUUCAACAGAAUAAAGAAAACAUACAUAAGUUGUCUAGAGAUUUUCGUCUUCAGGCCACAGAACUCUAUCUGAAGAUUACUCGAGAAGAAUCUGAAUUUCAAAACGAAAGAUUAGAUAAACUUCUUGAGAAUUUUCCUAAAGAUAAAGUAGAUGGAGAUGCCAACGAAGAAGAAGAAGAAGAAGAAAAACGUAAACCACCCUUAUCACCAACAUUUCCUAAGCCAGUGAAUAUGAAUGGUGGAAAUAAUGUGAACCCUUCGGAUGUUCAAAAUGAAGAUGUUGA